UUCUGACUGCCUUCUCACCUGAUGGCCUUUACUCUCCGCUGAAUUGUGUGUGUUUGCAAGACGAAGUUCACCUUGGUGCAGCUCCCAGUUAUUCUCGAGGAUGGCCACAAAGCUCCCACGUCUCUCUCUCUUGGGCGUCGGUGCGGUAAUCGGCUUCGGAGGUCUUUGCUGUAGCAUUGCUACCUUGCCGUACUUGAGUACCAUUGCGUACUGAGUACGUCGUCGCAUUUCAAUCGCUGCUCCGGGUUUUUGAGAACACGUAGUGGGUGCUUUGCUAGUGGCGCGCGGACAGGCAAUGAGAGCAAGAUCGUCGAAAGACGAGCGCACGGACGAGCGCCCUUUUGUUGAACCGGCGCCUAGGCGACUGUGGCUUGCGAAGGGACACGGCGCGAUGCCGGCAUAUCCCGCCCUCGGACCCUUUAGUGCUGCAGGCCAGUUACGCUGGUCUGCGAAACAAGGAGAAGGGAACGCGAGGAGGAGAUGUUACAAAUUCAUUCACGCCGGCUUCGUCCCUGACCUAUGGUACGGACCGCGAAGACACGUCCGCCAGGAAUCUACGGAGAUCCCGUCCACGACGAAUGGGCCGCCCUUGUCGCCUCGCUGGGAACGCAUAUACUUCUCAAACGGACGCGGCGUGAAGGAGAAAAAGGAUGAUUUCCGGCGUUGUCUACGAUUACAUUGCAAGACUGCUUGCUCUCGUUCCCCGUGCAUCUACAAUCCUCCAUCUUCGACAAGCGCCAUGUGCGGCGAGCCGCCUUCCUCCUGUCCACCGACGAUAUCCCUACGAUCCGACUUGCGAACGACACAAGAGUACCGUUCCGAUCAACACCCCAACCUCCCGACGGAAUACUGGGUACUGUCCACUUCGGGAGCGGAGUCGAUGUUGCAAUGGGCUCCCACCUGUCCAAUGGACUCGACAGUGUAUUCGACGACGCCGGGCUACCCGUGUCUGUCGACGGGCCCUGUCCAGGCAAGCCCGUGGUCGCCACAUCUAGCGGCGGCCUCGCAACCCCAGCGGUGAUGAUGGGUAUGAUCAUCGACCGCGCAUCGUAGACUGUCGUAGCCAGAUCUCCGUGCUCAUGGAUUGGCGACUGUGGUAGUCUUUCAGAAUCAACCCGCAAGCAAUGGUCGAAGAUACGCACCAACAUCGAGGACUGAUAAGCUGCGUCGAGCGGUAGUCCCGAUGCAGUCGCCUGUGCCGACAACACAGGCGGCCACGACGUAUACUCUACGUUGGACUCCAACCGAAGGACACCAUGCUCUUGGUUCGGGGGCUGUGGCGGUGUCUUAGGAUCAACCCGAACGUAUCGCUCGAAGAUACGCACCAACAUCGAGGAGUCAUAGGCAACGUCGAGCGGAAGCCCCGACGACACAGUCGACUGUGCCGACAACACAGGCGGCCACGUCGUGUAUUCUACAUCGGUCUGCAAUACAUAUCAAGGUAAGCAUGC